AUGUCUCGGCGUCUGUCAUCCCUGGAGAUCUUGCUCUCCAUCAUUUCUUCUCUCCUUAUCAUCUGUUGCAUCUGCCUGAUCGUCGUUACUUGGAUCAGCCUGAAGCCCAAAGGUGCGGAGGAUCCUGCGCAGCUCUCGGGUCGGUUGGUAAUCACAGCAGGAGCCCAGUUUUCCGAGGAGCUGAGAAACUCCAGCAGUCAUGGGUUUAAAUCUCUGGCCUUCGACGUUCAGCAGCUGGUAUCUAAGGCAUUUGGAUUUGGCAACCUGCAGCAGUUCUACAGAACCUGCCAGGUACAACAGUUCAGCCCUGGCAGCGUGGUGGUGACCUUUGACCUUUGGUUCAAUCAACCUAUUGGCACAAAAGAGGUGGAGCAGAAUCUGGGGGCGGGUCUUCAGAUGGCAGGGGGCGGAACCUUGGUGAUUGAUAUCAACAGCAUCCAGAUUACAGAACUGGACCGCGCGCACCGCAGUCUGGCUCCCAAACCAGGCUCUGGUGGCAGGCCUCGGCCGGUCACCAUUUGCUUCCAUCGGUACCAAAACAAGGAGCUGGUGAUCCGGGAGGCCAGGAAAAGGGGAACUUUAAUGUACCAAAAUAAUCCUUUCAGAAUCUACGAGGACUGCAGCCCCGAGGUGGUCAGUCAAAGGAAGAAAUACGCAGCGGUUAUGUCAGUUCUGUACGGGUUGGGACUGAAACCUUCGCUACUGUAUCCUGCCCGGCUUCGGAUUGUCAACACAGACGUGACUUGUCCACCUGGACAGACGCCAUGUUCUGACGGGUCCAUGUGCAUUCCGAGUGACUAUCUCUGUGAUGGAGUCCCUCACUGUUCAGACUCAUCUGAUGAAGCUACCAUUUCCUGUGUCACGCCGUGUGAUGGACAGUUCCUGCUGGAGGGCUUAAGCGGUUCCUUCAGAUCCUCCGCUGCUGAGACCUAUAACAACAGCAUGUUUUGCCGCUGGAUAAUCAGGGUAAGCAGGGGAUUUUCAGUUCAGUUUACCUUCAGUCAAUUUGAGACUGAAACAAACAUCGAUACCUUGAGGAUAUAUGAAGGAGUUGGACCGAACAAAGUUCUAACAGCUGAGCUCUCCGGCUCCACCCCUCCUGGUACUGUUUGGCUACUAAGCGACCAAUCAAGUGUGGAGUUUACAACUGAUGAGUUCAACAGUUUAUCGGGAUUCAAGGCUUCGUACACAGCAAUCGACACUUCAGAACUGUCCGACCAGGAGAGGCUCAGCUGCAGCUUUGAGGACGGACUGUGUUUUUGGAGGCAGCAGCAGGAUGAUGAAGGUGACUGGUUCCGAACCAGUGGUUCCACCUUUCCUCCAUCAACGGGCCCCAGUGCUGAUCAUACCUUUGGGAACAGCUCAGGUUUCUACAUCGUCACUGCUCCAAGUCCUGGCCAAUGGCGGAAGAGCUUCAGGAUCCAGAGCCCUCCACUGACUCCGCCCACACCGCCCAUGUGCCUGAGCUUCUGGUAUCAUAUGUUUGGUGACGAUGUCUACCGUCUCAGAGUCCUCCUCAUCCCGUCUACCUCUCUGCCAGACUCUGACGUCAUUGUGCUUUUCCAGAAAGAUGGUAACUUUGGUGACACCUGGAACUACGGCCAGGUGACCCUUAACCUGACCUCUGAGGCCAUGGUACAGUUUGAAGCUGUGAAGAACGGAGGCAUGUGGAAUGAUAUUGCUCUUGAUGACAUCACACUCAAGUCUGAUAUCUGUGGCCCUGCCCCCCCUGAGCCGACCAACGUCCCACCUCCAACCACAAUGCCCCCCAUACCAGCUGAUUGUGGAGGACCUUUUGACCUCUGGGAGCCAAAUUCUACCUUCAGCUCUCCAAACUACCCACAUUCAUAUGGAAACAUGGCAAAGUGUCUGUGGACUCUGCAUGCUCUGGACGGUCAGAACAUUCAGCUCCACUUUCUGGACUUUGAUGUGGAGGCAACCUAUGACAUGGUGGAGGUGCGAGAUGGGGCGGGGCCCAAUUCGACCAUACUGGCUGUUCUCACUGGCAGCACAGGCCCCGCCCACGACCUCUUCUCCACAUCUGGUCAGAUGACCAUCUGGUUCUUUACGGACAGCGGGGGUUAUGGUCGAGGAUUCAGAGCUAACUUCACUGGAGGGGUGGACCUGGGGUCUCCAGCUCCAUGUGCAGUCGGUCAGUUCCAGUGUCAGAUGGGAGCUUGUAUCCAUGGUAACGCUCACUGUGAUGGCGUGGUCAACUGCCCUGACGGUUCUGAUGAAGCAGACUGUGUGAUGUUGCAGGUAAAUGGCUCCAGUCGCCUCCAUUUUCGGGUUGUCUCCUUGCUGUACACCGUAUGCUCUGACGGUUGGAGUCCUCAUCUGUCUGACUUCAUCUGUCAGUACCUAGGACACAGGUCAGGAGAAGUGGCUCUGCUGCCAGCUGGACCUCAGGACUCACCAUUUGUAACUCUCGCAGUCACCAGUACUGGAACCAUAGAAACAAAUGUGAGUGACACCUGCAGGACUGAGGAGGUCAUUUUCCUCAAUUGCACCAAUAAACCUUGUGGAUUGCGCCUGAUCAGCAACAUGACGGGAGAUUUGGAUCAAUCAGAAGUUGGUGAAUCAGCAGACGGUGAGGAAAGAGUGGUGGGUGGAACAAAUGCGGAAAAGGGGGCGUGGCCUUGGAUGGUGUCUCUACAUUGGAAGGGACGCCAUGUCUGUGGAGCCUCGCUGAUCGGUAGUAGCUGGCUGCUGACAGCUGCGCAUUGUGUCUACGGAAAGAACAUCCAUCUGCAGUACUGGUCAGCUCUCCUUGGUCUUCAUGCCCAGUCCUACAUGUACUCUGAAGAUGUUCAGACCAGAUAUGUUGAUCAGAUCAUAAUCCACAAAGAAUACAACAGACUAUCAAAGCACGCCGACAUCGCCAUGAUGCAUCUGCAGCAGCCAAUCAACUUCACCCAGUGGGUGCAGCCAGUGUGUUUACCUGCUGAAGGCCAGAGCUUCACCGCAGGAAAGAAGUGUUUCAUUGCAGGCUGGGGACGAGACGCAGAAGGAGGUUCUCCUGCUGAUGUUCUCCAGGAGGCUCAGCUUCCUCUGAUCAACCAGGAUCAGUGCCAGGAGUUCCUGCCUGAGUACAACAUCACCUCCAGCAUGCUCUGUGCAGGAUACCCUGAGGGUGGAGUUGAUAGCUGUCAGGGAGACUCUGGGGGUCCUCUGAUGUGUGUUGAGGAUGGCCACUGGACUGUGAUUGGUGUGACCUCCUUUGGGGUUGGCUGUGCACGCCCUCAGAAACCUGGAGGCUACGCACGAGUCUCAGCCUUCGUCUCUUGGAUAGCUCAGACCAGACGUUCCUCCUAUUCCUCUCCAUAACUGAUCUGGAACUCU